AACGUUGAAUGUUUUGAUUUGUUUUGAUCUGAUUUGUCCGGUUGAACUGCUUCAGCAUGGACAGAGAGCAGAGGAAAGAGCAGAGGACUCGUGGUGCUGGGUAUGGGGAUCUCGUGUAAACGCGUUGUUCGUGAUGAUUGAAUACUAACAGCCGGUGUGUGUGCUUGCUUUAAAGAUCACGUCGAUUGCAGACCGAUGAUGUUGUUAUAAAGACUCCCAAGCAGUGGCUACCAGUGUCGCAAGACCCUGGAGCGCUGAUUACUGAGGAGCGGAGUCAAAUGAAUAGCCCCUUGAUGUAUAGGAGGUUUGGUGUGGACAUGGAUGACCCGUAUUUUAACAAUUACGGUGAUGACAUGGACGUCAAUGUUGAGCACCCGAGAACACCGAGGACGACGUUUGAGCCCGUCCUGAAUAGCGGUAAUAGGUCCAUCGUUUCAGCGAAGGCGUCUCCUAAUAAGAAGAGGAAGAGGAUAAGGCUCGCCAAGUAUGACGGCGACGAUUCUGAUGUGUAUGGUGAUGACUAUGACGAAGAUGACGAAAAUGACGGUGACGGUGACGGUGACGACGAUGAUGACGAUGAUUAUGGCAGCGGAGACGAGGGGAAGGUUAGGAUCUCGAGACUUCCAACUUCAAGUGCAAGACUCACCAGUGUUGAUCUUGUUAUCCAUCUUUUACAGUCAAGUAGUGCUUUUAGGUGUAAAGCUCUAGUUGGAGCCACAGUUGAACACCUAUUGGACAUAUUAGAUUUGAACAUGGUUAACAACCAUUAUAGUUACAAGAUUCAGGACUUACAGAACGAGAAGAAGUCGUUGAGAAGAGAAAUACUCAGAGUAAGAGAGGAGGUGUCCAGGAAGAGCUCUCAAUUGGAGCAGCAGAGGUUGAGGUACUCACGUCUAAGAAAGUUACUGUGUGCCAAAUGGAGGUUUAACGGGAAGCUGGAGACGACGAAAACGCAGGUGAGACCCCAGAUACUGGAAAGACUCAACAGGCUGAACAACGUAUACGACCCACAUUGGAAUCUAGUGACAAGGCUAAGUCUACUCAACGAAAAGUUACAAGAACUGGACCAACAAUCACAAUAGUAAGUGUGUUGUGUGUAUAAAAUGAUGUGAGUGAAU